UUUUUAUUUUUAUUUUGAUAUCUCCAAUCUAACUGACACACGACUAUCAAAUAGGCUCUUUUUCAGCUCACUCCGGACGAUGAGGAUGUUAGGGCGUUUUACAACAUGCUGGACACACCAGAGCCGUUGAAAAUGUUUGGAAAAGCUAGUAAUUCAGGACUGGGACCAUCCUUUGGUUCAGGCGAUAACAGUCUUUCUGCCUCUGGCUUGAGAGCAAAAUCGACCUUAGACAGAUUUCAGCAGCUCAAGUUGAGCAACGCCAACUUGUCAGAAUCAAUGUCAACGAGCCAGCUUCUCGCAAAAGAACAACAGACGAACAGCUCAUUACCCCUGGCUGUAACGACUGGACACUCAUCCCGCCGAUCAAAUUUGAGUGACGUGGGACCUGGUAGCCCAACCGGACCUUCAGGUGUAAGCAGGCACUCACAAUCGUUCACUCAUCAGCCCCCAACACCUUCACCGCUGCACACUGAAAUCCCAGUACAUCCGCCAAAGUCAUCUGGUCGAUUUGAAAGCCAGCCAAUUCAAGCAUAUUCUACUACCAGACAAGGAGCCACGGGGAACACACCAACAAAACGACACUCCUGGUUGGGCAGCGGGAGCGGUGGCAGUAGCAGCAGCUAUAGCGGAAUGCAUCAUGAGCUUGCUCGGAAAAACAUGGGCAACAUGGCUUUUCGACAUGGCAGUUUGGACCAAGGAAAGGAUAUUUUGGGCAUGGAGGAAGCCAUGGGCCGAAUGGGCGUGGCAGCACCGGAUGAUAUUGCAUAUGGGUCGUUUCCUGAGGAUUUGCACCAUCAGCACUCCCUCUACUCGGCACCUUUGAACACAGGACGCGAAAAGAAGGGCGACGCCAUAGACAACUCUCCUACAGCUGGGGUACCAUUUGGACCUGACCCAAGACCUAUUCCUUCCCUCGCAAGUGGUGAGACGUCGACUAGUCGACCAGGACGACUCUUACGACUGGGCAGCGGAUCGGGCUUUGCAUUGCCUAGGCUCAGGACACGGGCGGCUGAUGACAACGAAUCUUUGAACGAGAUGAACUCUGCGGACAGUAGCAGUGCUCGAGGCAAUAAGGGCAGGAGUCGCGGUCGUGGCGAAGAUGACGAGGAAGAUGAGGACGACGAGGACGCGAGAGGUGCUCGCUCUGGACGCGAACGUGACGACAAGCACGAAGCCAACACCAGUAUCAACGAUGAUGACGAUAUGCUGUUCAUCAUGAGUGAACUGAGUCCUGCAUCAACAUUUGGACAGGACCCUAGCCUGACUGCGGUAGGCUCUACAGGCGUCAUCCUUGGCGGGGCUCACGAUCGAGGGAUGCUGCCUUUGACUGGAGCGAUACUGAAUCUGCGCUCUCAGCCGCAGUCGCCAUCAUUUGAUCCGCAUCAUGGCAAUAGUGGUAGUGGGGGUACCGCUGCAGGAUCGUCAUCCGUAUCGCCUCACUUGCGGCUCUUUGGACGAGGUGGCAAUGGAAACAAUCUUGGAGCAGAACACAGUAAUAACAAUAGCCGGUCCAACAGUGCCGCGCAUAGUCGAGUUGGGUCGAGCAGUGGAAGCAAUACCAAUGUUCAAAACAGUAUCGAGAAUCUUGGCUUACUCCGCCGACCUGGAUCUGGAUCAGGGUUCGUUGACGAAUAUAACUUGCCCUCUGCUUCAUCGACACCCCCACCGUUUGCGACGGUCACAGGAGCUGGGGCCUUUGACGCCAUGUUAGAGGGUCGUCGGAUGAGUCGAGGCGGCAGCGACCGGGGCAUCGGCAGCGGGGCUAACAGCGGUCACAAUAGCUUUCACUCUGACUCUCGCGGCGGACGUAUUGAGGGAUGGUAAAGCUUCCUUUACGCUCUCCUUUUGCCAAUGGACAUUUGUUUUUGCGCCGGUCAGGCAUUCAUGUACAUAAAACGGCUAAUAACACCACGCAGCCAAAUAAAAUAAGAACCCAUUGAUGGUGCAGUCGAGCUUGAGGCCUCUAGUCCUGGUGACGAAAAUCAGGAACGGAACGUAGAUCGUGAAUCAUUUUGCCCGUCUUCCAAUUAUGGUUUGGCCGUUUGGUGAGCACACAUCGUGCGGCAGCCAUUGCAUCUGGCAUCUCUUCUUCAUUCCACCUUUCGAAGUACGAUCGGCAUGCGAGCUGUUCUUCAAAGAGUCCUCCAGGCUAGCGUCGAGGGUGAG